AUGAGCCAGAAGUGUAAGUACUGCAAUGCCCUUAAGUGGAAGGAGGAGGCUCCUGGCAUGUGUUGCAAUGAUGGAAAGGUGCAGCUUUCACCUUUUCAACCUCUGCCCGAGCCUCUCUACAGUUUGGUAAUGGGUAGCCACUCUGAGCACGUCCACUUUAUGAAUCGUGUUCGGAAGUAUAAUGGCUGCUUCAACAUGACAUCAUUCGGAGCCAAGCAGGUUCAACAAGACGGCUUCAUACCGACCUUUAAAGUUCAGGGGCAGGUAUAUCACUUGGUAGGAAGCCUGCUGCCAGCAUCUGAGCAAGAAGCCCAAUUCUUACAAAUUUAUUUCGUGGGUGAGGACGAAAGGGAAGUGCGCUUGAGAUGCAAUUUUCCAGAUGUCAAACAGAAAUUAGUUAAAGAAUUGCAGAGGAUGCUACAUGAAGUCAAUAGCUACAUAAAAGACCUAAAAACUACUAUAGAAAAAGUACCUACAAUUUGCAAAAAUUUCGAAGUUAUUAUUCAUGCAGAUAGGAAGCCCAUUGAUGCUCAUGGAAGACGCUAUAAUGCACCAACAGCAAAUGAGUAUCCGCUUUUGUUCUGCCGUGGCGAAGAUGGGUACUCUAUUGCCCUGUCUCAGCGCGAUCCUCAGACCAAGUUGCCCCUAAAGAAUACAGUAUCCGCAGCGAGCUUUUACUCAUACCGUAUUAUGGUCAGGGAAGGGGAAGUUAAUCACUUGGUGUACUUCCGUUCACUUUUCAGUCAAUUUUUGGUUGAUAUGUAUGCUAAAAUAGAGACUGAAAGGUUGAAUUAUAUUAGGAAUAACCAGGUGCAGUUGAGGGCAGAUAGUUGCAUUCAUUUGAGAGACGCCAUGGGAAAGCAGGAUGCUGACGUUGCUCAGAUGGGUCAAAUGGUGGUGCUUCCGUCAUCAUUCACUGAAGGACCACGCUAUAUGCAUGAGCGAACUCAGGACGCUAUGACAUACGUCCGUUUUUACGGUCGUCCUGAUCUGUUUAUUACUUUUACUUGUAAUCCAAAGUGGAAGGAUAUCACAGAUGUACUGCUUCCUGGCCAAAAAUCUCACGAUCGACACGAUAUUAUAGCUAGGGUAUUUCAUCUCAAGGUGAAGAAAAUGAUGGCUCUUUUAAAAAAGGGUGAUUUGUUUGGAAAAGUGACGUAUUUCAUGUACUCUGUGGAAUGGCAAAAACGAGGUUUGCCUCAUAUUCACAUCUUGCUGUGGCUAGAGCAGCGCAUCUUUAAUAAUAUGAUCGACAAAGUCAUAUGUGCUGAAAUACCUGAUCCCGUGAAAGACUCUCUUCUUUAUAAUAUUGUCAAAGCCAAUAUGAUUCAUGGGCCCUGCGGGGGCUUAAACCGUAAUUCGCCAUGUAUGAAAGGAGGCAAUUGCAGCAAGAGGUAUCCCAGGCAACUUCUAAAGGACACUCAGACAGGAAACGAUGGAUAUCCGCAGUAUCGGAGAAGGUCUCAAGCUGAUGGUGGAUUUACCGUAAAAAUCAAUGAAAUAGAGCUGGACAAUCGUUGGGUGGUGCCCUAUAAUCCUGUUUUGUUACGUACUUUCAAUGCUCAUAUUAAUGUGGAAUUAUGUAAUUCAGUUAAAUCUAUAAAGUAUAUUUGUAAGUACGUGAAUAAGGGCAGUGAUCAAGCGACUUUUGCCUUAGAGAAUAAGAGGGAUGAGGUAAAAUUGUACGAGAGUGGACGGUAUAUUAGCAGCUCAGAGGCAGUUUGGAGAAUCUUGGCGUUUCCUAUUCAUGAGAGGUAUCCUGCUGUCUUUCAUCUAGCUGUACACCUCGAGAAUGGUCAGCGUGUAUACUUUAAUUCCAAAAACUUAGUUGAGAGGAUUAGUAAUCCACUUCAGACAACACUCUUGGCUUUCUUCGAGCUGUGCAAAACCGACGAUUUUGCAAAAACUCUUUUGUACUGUGAGGUUCCUUUUUAUUUUGUGUUUAAAAAUAACAAGUUUGAGAGAAGAAAGCGGGGAAUGAAUGUCGAUGGCUGGCCAGGAAUAAAGAAGGACAAUGUGCUGGGAAGAGUGUAUACCAUCCAUCCAAAUAACACAGAGUGUUAUUAUCUUCGCAUGUUGCUGUAUGAGAUUCGAGGUCCAACAUCAUUUUUAGAAUUGAAAACUGUAAAUGGUGUUGUCUGUUCCACAUUCCAGUCUGCAUGCAAGGCAUUAGGUUUGCUGGAAGAUGACAAACACUGGGACAAUACAUUGGAGGAAGCUGCUUUGUGUGAUUCUUCCUUCAAGCUGCGGGAGCUUUUUACAGUGAUGUUGGUAUUCUGUCAACUUAACGAGCCUAUGAGUCUUUGGGAAAAAUAUAAAGACAGCCUCUCAGAAGAUAUUACACGACAAGUGGAAAGUGAGUUGCAAAGCAGUGCGCAGCAGAUAAUGGACGAGGUGUAUAACAGAUGUUUGGUGAUGAUUGAAGACGCAGUAUUGGCUUUGGGAGGACAGGAGUUACAACAAUAUGGUCUGUCUCAGCCAAAAAGGUUAGGAGAAGUUUUGAGAAAUCGGGAUUAUCUGAGAGAAACAAAUUAUGAUGUAAACAUCUUAGCACAAGUAGUGUCGAAUAACGAGGGUUUACUAACAGAUGAGCAGUUCGCUGUCUAUCGGCAGGUCCUUAGCAGUAUUGAAUUAAGUGCUGGUCAGGUCUUUUUUCUAGAUGCUCCAGGUGGUACUGGAAAAACUUUUCUCAUUAAUUUACUUUUGGCAAAAGUAAGAAGUGAAUGUGGCAUUGCCUUGGCUGUUGCAUCCUCUGGCAUUGCUGCUACGCUGUUAGAGGGAGGCAAGACUGCUCACGCUGCUUUUAAGCUGCCCCUCAAUCUAAACUAUGUAGAAACACCCUUGUGCAAUAUUUCAAAACAAAGCAACAUGGCCCAAGUGUUGCGGGACUGUAAGCUCAUUGUUUGGGAUGAGAGCACCAUGGCACAUAAAGGGGGUUUUGAAGCAUUGAGUACAACCUUAAAAGAUAUUAAGGGUAACGAUGGAGUGAUGGGGGGAGUCACUGUGCUGCUGGCUGGAGACUUCCGACAGACUUUGCCUGUAGUGCAAAGGGGAACUCGAGCUGAUGAGGGGAUGGAAAAUAUCCCGAGUCUGAGGGAAAGGUGA